AUGUCAUUACGCCAGCUUUCGUUCGCGCUACGGACUGCACGACAGGCGCAACCAGCAUCAGCAACGUGGCGCCAAAAUGGCCGUCUCUUUGUGCGGAGCUGCUCUUGCUCUGCGCCUCACCAGUUACAGCACACUGUGACUGUCUCAUCUGAGGCACCCGCCAGUGCGCAAUUGAACCCUACAACCGGCACCCCGCCUACGCCCUCCCUCGACCACCGAACUCUCGCGCAGACACACAACCUCUUCAUUACAUCUCCGUACAGCCCUGGCUCACCGCUCAUCCUUCCCAACGGCGCCUAUGUCUUCCAGAAGUUGCAGUCGUUCCUCCGAGCGCAGUAUCCACAAUUCGGCUUCCAGGAGGUCAUUACGCCCAUAAUAUAUAAGAAGUCACUAUGGGAGAAGUCAGGACACUGGGAGAACUAUGCCGAGGAUAUGUUCAGUGUGCAGGGGCGAGGUACAACUGCGCAAAUCCCAGAAGCAGAAGGUGGAGAGGACGGAGAAUUCGGCCUGAAGCCAAUGAACUGUCCAGGCCACUGCUUGCUGUUCAGGGAUGAGAUCAAUAGCUAUAGGGAUCUGCCAGUCAGACUUGCCGACUUCAGUGCUCUACACAGGAACGAGAUCUCAGGCGCCUUGACAGGUCUGACCAGAGUCCGGCGGUUUCACCAGGACGACGCGCACAUCUUCUGUCGACCAGAUCAAAUCUUGGCCGAGAUUGAGCAGACACUCAAGUUUGUGGGCAUGGUGUACAACACGUUUGGAUUAGGUCCCUACAAGCUGCUUCUCUCUACUCGGCCAAAAGAUAGCUUCAUCGGCACUAUUGAGGAAUGGGAUCGUGCAGAAGAGCAGUUGACUACUGCGCUGAACAACAUCGGAAGCGAAUGGGCGAUUAACGAAGGAGACGGAGCAUUCUAUGGGCCGAAGAUCGACAUCAUCCUAAAAGAUUCGAACGGCAAGGAGCAUCAGACGGCAACCAUACAACUGGACUUCCAACUUCCGCAGCGCUUCGACCUACAAUACCAGGCAUCGCCGGAAGAACUAGAGGCGGGGCCACAAUCGUCCAUGGACGCAGGUCUAGACCCAGCCCUUCGCCGCCCGGUCAUCGUCCACCGCGCUAUCUACGGAUCCAUCGAGCGCUUCAUGGCUCUGCUGAUCGAACACUAUGCUGGCAAAUAUCCGUUCUGGCUGUCUCCCCGGCCUGCCAUCGUCUUGUCGCUGAAUUCCGACCCAAAGGUCCUUGAACAUGUCUCGCGCAUUCAGUCUGUCCUCUCGGGGCUCACACCAUCUGACGCACCAGAAAUUUCCGCAUCGUCACCUAAGCCACUCCCGUUGUCGACCAUACACCUUCCCAUAGACGUUGACACCAGCGACCGUUCGCUCGGCAAAAAGAUCGCUGAAGCAAGGACAAAGAAGUACAACCAUAUCAUCGUCGUCGGUGGUAAGGAGGUUGAGAGCGGCAGCAUGAACCUCCAGAUCAUGAAUCAGCCGAAUGAGGAAUUUACUAUAGAGGCGUUGCAAGUCUCCUUGGGAAAGACGCUUACUGAGAAAGAGCGAUCGAAAGCCACUGUGAACGUCGAUCUGGAUUCUGCUAGAAAAUAUUUCGAGAAUCUAGCCAACACAUUCUUGUAA